UUUGGAUUUUUGCGGGGGAGCGACUGGGAAGUUUUGAGGAGGUGCCAACCAUCUAGUUAAGUCAUGGAUACUCUAAUGCAACUGUGUGGAUUAUGUUUACUUUUGAUUAUUCCAGUUGUCCAUACAGUACCAUGGGGCUACCCUCAAACAAAACCUGGUACGGACUACUGGCCUAAGAUAUAUCCCAUGUAUUGUGCUGGUUUGAGCCAAUCACCGAUCGACAUAAGGUCGACUGCUGCUAUCAAAAUGGAACCCGUCUCGUUUGAUUUGCUUGGAUUUGGAGCCCAACUCCCGAGAAAUGCUAAUAUUGUUGUGCAGAACAGUGGCCUCAGCGCUCAAGUAAAGCUCAAGGGUGAUUACUUUGUGAGUGGGGGCGGGCUCCCUGGUGCACAAUACAAAGCUGCAAGUAUUCACUUCCAUUGGGGCAGUACCAACGACAGAGGAUCCGAACACACCGUGGAUGGACGCCAAGCUCCUGCAGAGAUGCACAUCGUGACUCAUGACGUAAGAUUUGCAACAGUUAGCGAGGCAGCUUAUAAAGUGGACGGGUUGGCAGUUCUUGGAUUCUUCAUCGAGAUUCAAGCACAGCCUAAUCCCGGUUUCCAAGCAUUAGUGGACGCACUUGGCAAGUUGAAAUACAACGGUGACACAUUCACUCUUCCAGCCCCGUUCGCACUCUCAGAUUUACUGCCAAACACCAACAUCAUGAUGCCCUAUUUCCGUUACCGGGGGUCUCUCACGACACCCACUUGUAACGAGGUUGUAGUGUGGACAGUCUUCAAGAUGCCGAUUCGCCUUUCCCAAGCUCAGCUCAACGUCUUCCGCAGGCUUUUAGAAACCUCGGCAGGGGCACCUGUCGAAAGACCAUUGGUUGACAACUGGCGGCCGACACAGCCCCUCAACGGCCGAUUAGUAUAUCACUCUGCUGGUGUCUUGCGAUCAAACUAAACACCGCAUCGUGCUAACAGGGCUCAAUUUCAUAGAGCUGCUUAGGCACAAACAGCAGCUUAGCACAACACAAUUAUGCUUAACAGAGCAAG